ACACACAGAUAGGCACGCACACAGAUAGAUAGAGAGCACCGAUCGAUCGAUCAGCGGCAAUGCUGGUCCCGAUCUCAAGGACCAACCCGUGGUCCCACGCCCACCACGCCCAGGGCCCGGCCGCCGACGCGGGCGCUGCCCACCGUGAGAGCGGCGGCGGCGGCGCCUUCGCCCCGCCGUCGUUCCUGGCGCUCCUCUACCUCCUGGCGGGGCUCCUCGCCGUCUACCUACUCCACGCCGGCGCGCGCCGGCUCUACGCGUGCUGCGUCCCGUCGGCCUCGCCACCGCGGCAGCCUCCUCCUCCCCCCGCGCGGCCGCCGUGCCGGCGCGUGGACCCGGCCGAGGUGGCGGUGUCCCUGCCGGUGCGCGCCCACGAGGGCGACGGCGACGACGACGACGUGUGCGCGGUGUGCCUCACGGAGCUGCAGCUGCGGGAGAGCGUGAAGGCGAUCCCGGCGUGCGGGCACGUGUUCCACCCGCCCUGCAUCGACCGCUGGCUCCAGUCCCUCGCCGCCGCCGGCGCCGGCCACGCCUCCUGCCCGCUCUGCCGCCGCUCCGCCGCCGACCCCGUCGCCGACGACGACGACGGCCCGCUCAAGCCGCCCCAGCAGCAGCAGCAGCACGACGAGGAGGCGCCCGCGCCAGCGGCCGCCGCGUGACGCGCGGCGGCGGUCGGGCCGAGCUGCGUAGCGGCCACCACCAGUCCACCGCUCAGCUCGCUCAUGGCGCGCGCACGUGUGCGUCCGCCAGUGCCGAAAUACAGUCCAAUAACUAGUGUACUCCGUCAGACAGUGCUGGUCUAUCCCUGUGUAUACUUUUCCUUCCAUCAGUUGCUACUACUUGCUGCGUCGUAUGACAUGUCCGGUCGUGUUCGUCCA